GAAGCGGACCAGACCUUAGACCACAUUCGUCACCAUCAUGCAUGUGUUCACCAACCAGAAGAUUUGUGUAAUUUGAAAAGACUUGAGGAGAGAAAAGACUCGGAGGAAUACAAGAACUCAGUCAGCAGACAGAAACGAUAGUAACACAGUGCUUAGACAUGGCCAGCACCCAGACCAGUUUGAAAACCCCUUUCAAAGACUUGACGUCAUUCAAAGGCAGCAUGAAACGGCUGUACAGAGAGCGACUGGAAGACGCGCCCAUCAAGAAGCGAGUAAUGGCGGAGAUCAACCUGAAGCGUCGCAGCUUGGAUUCCUUCCCCAAAACUCCCAAGGUGAAGAGGGAGCAGAUCGAUGAUCUGUGCCACGACUCUGACAUGGAUGUGGAGGGCCGGGCUGAGCUGCAUGUGGUGGGCUCUGCUAAAGCCCUCGACCUGAGCCCUGGGCUCAAACACACACUGGCCCAGUUCACCCUCAGCAGCCAGAGCUCCCUCGGGGGCCCGGCUGCCUUCUCAGCCCGCACCGGCCACGAGCAUUCCCCUGCCGGAAUGCCCCCCCUGCCCUCCCCUCCUGUUCUGGGAGGAGGCCCUCUGCUGGUUCCCUGUGACAGCUCCACCGAACUCACCCACUCACUGCUGGAAGGCGAGUCUAUCUCCUGCUUUGUCGUUGGGGGAGAGAAACGGCUUUGUCUGCCCCAGGUGCUCAACUCUGUGCUCCGUGACUUCUCACUGCAACAGAUCAACACUGUGUGCGACGAGCUCUACGUCUACUGCUCACGUUGUGACGCUGAGCAGCUGCACAUCCUUAAGGUGUUAGGCAUUCUGCCGUUCAAUGCACCUUCCUGUGGCCUCAUUACGUUGACGGAUGCACAACGGUUGUGCAAUGCACUGCUGCGUCCUGGGGCGGCCUUGCCUGCUGACCCCAGCAGUAAGCUAUCAACCCAGGGCCUGCUGAAAGAGAGCGAAGCCAGCUUCCAGGUGGAGCACCAGUGUCUGGGGAAGUGUCAGGGUCUCUUUGUGCCCCAGUUCUACAGCCAGCCGGAGGCACCCUGCAUCCAGUGCGUUGAAUGCCAGUUGCUCUUUUCACCUCAGAAGUUUGUCAUGCAUUCACACAAGUCACCUGAUAAGAGGACCUGCCACUGGGGCUUUGACUCGGCAAAGUGGCCCUGCUACCUGCAGCUUUCCAGGAAGUACCAAGGCACACCUGAGGAACCAAAGCUCAAGCAGCUCCUGAAUGAGGUCAAAGAGAAGUUCCACUACAAGCUCAAGAGGUCGCUAGACAAAUGUCCCGACCGCAUUCCUGUCUUGCCUCAUCCCAAUUGUCCUCCUCUUCUUCCUCCUCCUCCUCCUUGGUUGAAGAAGGCAGUGGAGGAGGAGGAGGAGAGCCAGGUGAGGAAAUCCUCGGCAGAUCUCUGCUCCCCCAGCAGCAAGCUGGCCGAUGCCGACCCUGCGCGAAAGGGGAAAACAUCUCCACCUACUUUGGUGUUCAACCGUCUUUUCUCGGACAUCAAGGAGGAGCCAGGACACCCCACCCUGGUCCAUCCCAGUUACUACCUGUACACAUACGAUAAGAUGGUGGCUCCCAACGUGUCUCUGCAGAGGGAGGCGGAGAUGAGCCCCGAGAUGUUCGGCGCGCUGCUCAAACACCACUACAGCCGCAGAGUGCUGGGCCAUGACGAGCCACCCAUGGAUCUUCAUGCAUCGCCUCCCGCCGUUGCUGGCACCGAGGAGGCCAAAUCCCAACGUGCCGCUACUGCCUUGGCCACCGAGCGGGAAUGCCAAACCCAGGCAGUUUCCAUGGAGACAAGCAGCCUGAGCUGCAAGAAAGCCACCCACCAUCCCGCCCGCACCCCUCCUCCUCCUGCGUCGUUGAUGUCGCCGGUAACGGAAGUAGUGGCUAAGGACAUGGGCUCCGCCAUGAGCAAUGCUGCAGUGGUGGUGGGGGGGCUGGAGGAUGACAAGGACAGGAUUGUUGUGGAGAUCAUGCAGAUGUACAGCAAGCAGCAGGAGAAGCUCAACUCCACCCUGCAUAAGCAGCUGCAGCUGGAAAUGGAGCUGGAGGCGUUGCGUGGGGGCGAGGCGGCGAGGCUAAGGGAGCUGAGCGCUGAGCAGCGGGAGCUGCGCUGUGAGCUGGAGGCGGUGCACAGCGAGCAGGCGCGGCAGCUUAGCCAGGCCCGCCAGGAACAGCUGGAGCUAGAGACCCGUCUGGAGCAGCUGCGACAGCAGGCAUGCGCCUGCGAGCCGGGGACACAACGCCAGCAAGAGGCCCACUACACUGCACAGUUGUCGGAACUGCGUCAGAGGCUGGAGCAGGCGGAGGCAGACCGGGAGGAGCUGCAGGAGGAGCUGCGCAGGGAGCGGGAGGCACGGGAAAAGUUGGAGCGCACAAUCGCCCAGCUCAAGCAGCAGAUGGCCCAGUCUGGCACGGUGGGAGGCAGCCCCUCUCCUCCUCUCACCCCUUCAACUGGACCCCCUAACGCCCACUCCCCGCCCUCCUGCUCCUCUUCCUCCUUCUCAGAGGCCCUAGUGGCUGGCCAAAAGUAACUGCCACCCCUCUGGGCGCCUCCCUCAUUCCUCUCCCCCAUCACCCGCCAACUCUCCAGACACAAACAAAUCAGUCUGAAGCAUAAAGGAGGUUCCCAUCUCCUCAGGCUGUUGUGUGUUUUGUUUUUUUUUUAAACUUGUUCAUCUCACCCUCACUCUUUUUUCAGACUUUUGUUUUUGUAAUUUAAUAUCCCUUAAAAGAAAAGUUUUAUGUUGUGUUAUUAUUUUUUUAUGAUUCUUUAUUUUACUCCCCUCUCCUCUCUUUAAACAGUAUUUAAAGAUUUAUUUGGGCAUGUAUGUUUUGAUUUAAUUUAUAAUUUUUAUUGAACAAACCGCUGCUUCACAGACGGGAGUUUGAUCAAGUAGAGACUAACUCAACACAUCAUUAUGUUUUUUUUGUUUUGUUUUUUUUUCCUCCCCCACGGUUGUCACCCUCCACUCCAAUCCCUCCUUGCUCUUUCUGGAAUCUGGAACUCAUGACUUGGAGAUUUCAGACUUGGACACACAGACUCAUCGCAGCUCCUCACGGACAUCUCGUCAUGCUACUACCUGGCACAUCAGCCGGUGCCCACAGACACAUAAUGGCGCCUGCUUUGCGUGCCCAUUCUUCGUCUAUCUGUAUGUACAAACGCUCAAGUACCAGCGACUGCAGGAAACUGCAUGGACAUUUCAGUACACGUUUUGGGUUUUUUUGCUCCUUGUAAAAGACAAGUGUAACAACAAGUCAGAAACAUCAAAUCUAUAUGGAGGAGAAAGACAUUUACUGUACAAAAAAAACAGAUGUCGUAAAACCUCAUGAAAAUAUGCCAAUAGUGACGCUAAACUUGAAAUGAGUGUUUGAGUGUGACCCCCACAAGGUAGCUAGCUAGCAAAUCGCCUGGCCUGGACCCCAGCUGCUGCUAACACAGACUAGUUUUCCUCUUCACUUUGCUGGGCAGCGCCUGGACUCUCCUGUUGUAGACCAAACUGUCUUGUCGGUUGAUCCACUAGCUGUCCAGUGCCUCCUCUAACUUGCCCCCACCACCUUCCGCCACUGUACGCUAGCGCCAUUGCCCUCUGCUGGGAAACACUGUUGUUUUUCACCCACUUUGGGCUAGACAGGAAACACAGUUUUCCGGCUUGGCAUGAAGAAGCUCACAAGCAGUGUUAUGCACUUAACGCACCCUCCUCCCCCAGAAUCCCCUGGGAAAGGAAUGCGUCUGGACACGGAGGCUGGUUGAGCCAGAGUAGCUUUUCUAAGAAAGCAGAAAGGCGGGGUCUCACAUGUGCGGUAGCUGUACUGUGUUACCAUAAUACAUACGACAUCCUUGCAUGCCCGCACACACUCGAGUGUGCGAGUGCAGUCCAGGCAUUCAGGCAGAACAAUGGCGCCAGCGUUCCCAGCAAAUGAUCAAAGCUCCAGCCUGUCUCCGUUUUCUGGCCUUUUCUUUUUUUGUAUCAUUUGACUUCAUUGUUAGCAGACGGUUUUAUCCCCACCCUGUUUGUCAGAGUGUCAUCUAAGAAUGUGGGUCGCAGGUGAAAGCAGUUAGUCCAGGGUGUUUUGGGCCUCAGGUCUGGCCCCUGCUUCACGUUAUUCUGCCUGGCAGAACAAACAGCACCGGGCAGGGAGAGGAAGUGAGGGGAGGUGAAGGAUUGAGGGGUGCGCUCGGGGGACUGGUGCACAGCGGCAGGCUGGGUGGCCCAGACGCCGGAGGUACAGAGGGAGCCCUUUUUGUUUUGUGCUGUCAGAAUGGGGACAGCUGUUGUUGUCUGGGGGCCUCUCUCGGGUGAGACUGUACAGACUUGCCCCAUCUCUCAACAACCUCCCUCCCUCCUCCUCUCCCGCGAAACGUCACUCACAUACAAUACUCAGACAUACCCGUCCAUCCAUCUCCAGUACCAGAUCAGCUGGGGGUGUGAAGUGUUUUGUAGAUGCCCAGGAGAGCGAGCCCGACAUCCAACCAGAGGAAGAGAGGACUUUUAUUGUGUCAGUUGCCAGGCAAAAGCGCUUUUUAUUGCCACUAAGGAGAUCCCUAUAAGCGAGUGUGUGGGCGCGCGCGAGUGUGUGUGUGCGCGCGUGUUUGUACAUAAUUGUUUAAAAAGAGAUGGGGGAUCGGCCUCAGCUAAACCUUUUUUAUGCAUCUGCUAUAAAUGCAAAUCGAUAAGACAUUCCACUGUGCUCCAUCCUGUUUAAUGCAGAUUUUCUUACACAGCUUCCCUUUACAAUAACAGACCUUAAAGCAGACCGGGCAGAGUACAGAUGUGGUUUGUUGAUUGUCAAAAAAGCAGGUGCAAGCCAGUAAAAUCAAACCCAUGCCGUAUAUGUACACUCUGCUGUUGUUCCAUUUAAACCUUUAUUGAAAUUAUGAAAGAAAAUAUUUAACGUAUUAACUAAAGAUUUAUAUUCACUUUGUAAAUACAGUAGUCAUUAAUAUAUUAACUGUUCUUACAUGAAAAAUCUUUGAAAGGUUAUAUUAAUUGGUCCAGAAUCAAGGCUUCAGAUGUUUUUGCUUUCCUUUUUAAAAAAAAACAAAAAAAAAACAUAUUUGCAGAUACCAGAAGUUGGCUUUUGUCGAGUGGAUGUGGGGGAGUGAAACGCACGGUUUACUGAUACAUGAUGCAGGACAAAGGCAAAAUAAAAACAUAAUACUUUGUUACAAACUUUCCCCUCUUUCUGAACUGAUGCAUUUGUUUUUUGUGCAUUUCAUCUCACUGUUUAAUGUGCAACGUAAUGAGCUUUACCUCUUUGCUAAAGCGCCCUCCCCUGAGCCAAAUUGAAAAACAUUUGAAGAAAAUGCAUUUUUGAAAAAAAAGGAAAACAAACAAAAAGUGAUUUUUUUUUUUUUUUGUUUGCAUGUUUUGCUGCCCCAUAUGUUUUGUGUCACCGGGCCACUCUAUCAAUCUAUUCAUUGUUAAAAGAAAAAAAGAAUUCCUUCCACAUAAUGCACAAACUAUUGAGAUGGCUCAUUUGCAUGAACAUUGAACAUGUGCAAGUUUUAUAUCGUUAUUGGUUCAGAGGUUGGCUAAAUAUAAAGUCAAAUAUUGAAGAACAUAACAGGUAGCCUAAUUUGAUUUGGAAGUGAUGUGAGUGCGUGAGAAAAAGAGGGGAGUGUGUUUGCUUGCUCCCACGUCCAAAUGAAGCACAGCAGCUAUAAAAAGGGAAAGCGAAAAACUUGCUCAUGUAGCUCAGGAUGUGUAGUUAUGUUUCUUCAUUCUGAUCAUAUAUCCUAGUCCGGAUGUGUUAACAUCACUCAAAAGAUAAUCAGUAUUAGUUAUUAUUGUCUAAAUGACCUCUUAAGCAGAACUAAAAAUGAAAUUCAAGUCAUAUUAGCAGAAAACAAAAUCUGUUAACCUCUGUAAUCUUACUUUGUGUAAUUAUUUGUGCAUUUUAUACACAAGGGGGAGUUGUUUAGCUACUUUAAUUACACACCAUAAUGGGGAAAAAAGGACUAAAUGAAAGGGGAGAAAAAUCCCUUCUAACACAGUGUGCUCGGCCUUUUUGCAGUGUUAUGAGAACUUGGAUGUGCUUUGUACGGAAUAUUUACUGGUGUGAAAGUUUUCCCAACUGACAAAAAAACAAGGUGAAAGGAGCAGAGCUUUGCCAUGUGAAUACAUUUGAAUACAGGAUUUGCAUACCCAUUGCCUCCUGGCUAUGUAAAGAAAACUAGUAAACAAAUCCAAGGUGCCCUUUGAACUGAUUAAGGUGGUAUGCUUUGUAGUUUGGUGCAUAACUUUCCGCCAGCAAUUAUUCGAUGCCAGUGUAGGAGAAGUAGUAAGUAGGGUGUCAUUGGUGAUUGAUCACACAGAUCACUGGUUACUAAAAAUAGGUACACCAUGUUUUAAUUUAUACAAAUCCUGUAAUAGACAAAAGAAAAUCAUGGCUUGGCUAAAAAGAACCCCCAUUUCCCCUCAAAGCUGUUCUGAGACAUGAAACACAGUGUCUGUGUAUGACCAUUGCAUACUACGUUGCCAAUACUACAGUGUGAUGAGACUUUUGUUCUUGCAUGAAUCGAGACACUGUUCUCCUACCUCAUGUUGUGAUAUAAAAAGAUGUUUUUUAAGCAGAAGACACUGCAUCUCUGUUUAUCAUUGAUAUUUACUAGUAAAUGACAUACCUGUAAAUGCUUUUAGCUAAUACCUCAGUUGUAUCUAGUGUUUGUUUUUCUGUUUUUGCCCUUCCCUGAUUUCAGAUCUUGUAAAUAUACCCUGUAUAGACAAUGAACUUGGAUCAAAUUCAAGUAAAGUUCUGUAGUGUCAAA